GCAGGACCCCUCGAGUUUGCAUAAUAACAUUCCCCAAAACGACGACGGCUUCGGUUUUAAGAGAGCCAUCCUCACUCUCACCGGUCGCCGGCCGCCCGUAAUUGGCUCCCCACCACCGCCACCACCUAACUUUGCGCUUCAAGAUGAUAGCUUACCUGGAGCACUUCGUUCACGGAACUGACAAAGAAUCAAGGCCCGACGAUGACUUCGUCGACUUCUCCGAGGCGCUUGACCUCCAAGGCACCAUCGACUGCGCACCCAACGCCAUGGCCAGUAAAGAUUUCGGAGGCUUGCAGUCCGUGAAGCCCUUGGCCCUCAUUAGGCCCGCCACCGCCGACGACAUAGCUCGGGUCCUCAAAGCAGCGGCUCGGUCGUCGAAUCUGACGCUUGCUGCUCGAGGCAACGGCCACUCGAUUAACGGCCAGGCUUUGGCCGAUCAAGGCAUCGUCCUAGACAUGCGCAGCAUGGAGGAGAAUUUCCACGUGGUGUGGAUUGAUGGCUCAGCCUACGUCGACGUCCCGGCAGGGGCAUUAUGGGAAGACGUCCUGAAACGGUGCGUAGGGGAGCGUGGGCUAGCCCCAAGGUCGUGGACGGAUUAUCUGGGUUUAACGGUUGGAGGAACGCUUUCUAAUGCUGGGGUCAGCGGUCAGACCUUCCGUUACGGUCCUCAAACUUCGAACGUAACAGAAUUGGAGGUUGUAACUGGCAAAGGCGAUACGUUGGUCUGCUCCGAAACCGAAAAUUCGGAGCUUUUCUUCGCGGCGUUGGGUGGUCUGGGUCAGUUCGGCAUCAUCACCAGGGCCAGGGUCGUGCUUCAACAAGCACCGGAUAUGGUGAGAUGGAUAAGGGUAGUUUACUCUGAGUUUGAAGACUUCACCAGGGAUGCGGAGUCGCUGGUAACUCGUAAAGAAGAUGACUGUUUCGAUUACGUGGAAGGGUUCGUUUUUGUGAACAGCGACGACCCUGUCAAUGGGUGGCCCAUAGUACCAUUGGAUCCGGACCAAGAGUUCGACCCGAACCACAUCCCUCCCACCGCCGGCCCCGUCCUUUACUGCCUCGAGCUCGCCCUUCACUAUCGUAACUCAGACCACCCUUCGGACGUCGAUGCGGAUGUGGAUAGAUUGCUUCGACGGUUGCGAUUCCUCCGGGCUUUCAAGUUCCAGGUGGACGUGGGCUACACCCAGUUCUUGCUACGUGUAAAGCGUGUGGAGGAAGAUGCCAAAGCCAACGGCAUCUGGGACGCCCCUCACCCCUGGCUCAACCUCUUCGUCUCCAGCCACAACAUCAUUGAUUUUGAUCAUGUGGUGUUCAAGGGCAUCCUCAGUGAAGGAGUAGGCGGGCCCAUCUUGGUCUACCCUCUCUUACGAAGCAAGUGGGAUCCUCGAACGUCGGUGGCGUUGCCGGAGAGUGACAUCUUCUACAUUGUGGCGCUGCUCCGAUUUAACCCGCCGCCCCCAAGGGGACCAGCGCCGGAGUUGCUGGUAGCGCAAAACCAGGAGAUCAUUCAGUUCUGCAGCAGCAGAGGGUUUGAUUUCAAGCCGUACCUUCCUCACUACAAGUGUCAGGAGGAUUGGAAGCGACAUUUUGGGAAUCAAUGGACCAGAUUCGUGAGCAGAAAGACCAGUUUUGAUCCCUUGUUUAUCCUUGCACCUGGACAGAAAAUAUUCUCCAGAAACCUCCAACCUUAGUCAUCAUCAUCCGCCACAGAAGACCUCGUUCUCAUCCAAUUGUAGUUUUUUUUUUUUGGGUUUUCAUUUAGAUUCCCCCCCCGGGCCCCCCCACACCCUCUCCAACCGCGCCAAAUAGUCAUAAAAUGUUGCGCCGAUAUGUUGUAAAGGAAUAUUAUUAUGGGCAAAAUGAAGAAUAUCGAAUAUUGGUCAUUUUAAGGUGCGCGGUCAAUGAUUUAACAAACUGUGGCCAGAGGCUAUGCCAGUUCAGAGUAGAAUGCUUCGGGAUGAAUGACACAUCUGUGAAGCUUAAGUGGUUGGCGUCACUUUCAUCCUAUCAGGCAGAAUUAAUUAACUGGUUAUAUAUAGUGCAAGUCUUUUUCCAUCUGUCCCUCGAGAUUUCAAUCCUUCACACCCUACAUAUAUGCCAAUCAUCCAUUCGGACCACCCCACUACAUCUCUACGUGUCUUAUCCGAGACAAUCUUAACUGGCUUUGAUGUUUCAGUUCCAGAUCAUUUUGUCCUUACCUAUCCCCUCUUCGGCGUCAAGGUUCAUCACUUAAUUAUCCCAUCUUCCUGCUUUUUUUCUUUCUCGGGUUUCUUUUUAAACUUGACUAAAGCUUGAAAGAUUAAAAAGCGAACCCAUUUGGAUUUGCUUGGUGUUCGGUAUCGGAUUCUCCAUUGCCCCCACUUCCCACCUCCUUUUUCAAAAAAGCUUUUUGCAUGUAGAAACACAUCAAAUCUAAUCGAUGAAAACAAGCUAAGAACUCUAGAAAAGCUUUCGCUUUUUUAGCCCAGAGAUUAGGUUUCUUCAAAUACCUCGGGCUCUGCCUGUUUACUUAUAUUUUAUCGAAUCCAAGAUCAAGCAAAUCUACUCGA